AUGCUCACCGGUCAUGACAUUCACUUCGUCCGCCGUGAGCUGGCGACGGCGCUUUGCACGUCGCCGCGCUGCCUCCUCGUAUACCCGCUCGGGAAGAAGAGCCGGCAGCGGGUGGGGGUGGCGGCGAAGAACGGCACAAUGUCGGUCUUUUCCGUGGGGAAGACGGCGGAGCGCGUGGCGGCGUUUGACACCGACCCCCAGAGCAAACCUGUCAGCUGCGCGACACUCUACGAGGACCAGCUGUUUUUCGUAUACGGCAGCACACUUGACGCGUACUCGCGGAGGGGCCGACGCUUCUUCUCCUUUGACACCAACGUGACAGAGGUGAUUCACACCCUCUUUGUCUCCACCCCCUUCAUUAUUUGCUGCGGCAGCUUUAUGACGACAGGAUUCAGAGAGGCGAGCGAGCUCGGCUUCUACAUGGCGCCGGACCGCGUCAAUGCCAUGGUGGCAUGCGUUGCCGCCGCCGCCGUGGGUGUGGCGGAGCGCAGCUUUGACGACUACCGGUGCAUUCUUGGCUGCAACGACCGCACAAUUCGCAUGCUGCGGGGACACAAAUCUAUAGAGGAGGUGCACUGUGAGGCGCCUGUGACAUCGCUGAGCCUCGGUGAGGGAAGUCGCAGGCUGUACUACGGGACAAGCGCAGGUUCGCUGGGUUGCCUGGAGCUGAAGAACGCCGACACCGCCCUCUCGCGCGCCUUUAGUUUUAUUCCCGACGAGCACCGGGCAGCUGUCACCGCCUUGGCUGUGUACGACAUCAACCUGGACGACAAGGAGGAGCUGCUGGUGGGUCACCAGGACGGCCUGCUGCAGGUCUUCUACAUCCACGCCGGGGAGGGGGCUGCUCGCAGCCACCCCGUUUGCAUCUGGUCUGGAAGUAUGGAUGAGGGCGUCGUUUCCAUCGCCGCCGGCCUCAUUACACACUCCCGCCGCCCAGACCUGCUGGUGCACUCGCUCAGUGGCAGUCUCACAGCCUUUACGCUGCAGGCGGUGGAGCACGCGGAGCCGGAGGAGGCGGCGGCUGCGGCGGCCGCCGCGCUGGAGAGCACAGAUGCCCAAAUCAGCGAGGUCUCCAAGGAAAUUGAGGCCCUCAAGGAGGCCCUCGUGACCCAAACGCGGGAACUGACAAAGCAGAGCGGGGCGGGCAAACGUGGCACACCAUUGCUGGCCGUCUCCUCCACCUUCAAGACCAAGGUGACGCUGUCGCAGCAGAAGGACAACCCUGCACUGCGGCUUCUGGUAGAGGUAGACACGCCGCUGGACUGCGUGGUGCUCCAGAGCGAGCUGCGGUUGCAUUUUUUAGACGAUGGAUCCGCCGAGGUCGUCUUGCAAGAGGAGAUGCCAGAGAACAACCCCUCCACGAAGUCGCUCGCCAUUGUGCGGCCCUUGGAGGCACGCAGGCACAGCUGCUCCGUUGCCUUCUGGGUGGAGGAUGGCCAGUGGGGUCUGCUGAGCGUCACCGCGCUGGCGAUCCCCGCCCCCCGUACCGCACAAGUAAAGAUGGUGCAGCUGCGGCCACUGCCUCUCUACGCGCGCGUGGGCAGAGUCGAUGAGGCCGUGGCAGAAGGAAAAGGUCCCGCGGCACUUUCUACGAUGGAGGUGCAGGGCGAAUUUAGCGCCAGAGACAUGCAUAGUUGGAUAUUUAAACUGCUGCCUGGAACUCCCGAGAUGUAUCAAGAGAAAUUGACCACCUUGAGCUACGAGGACACAUUUUUUCACCACACGCUUGGGGUUAAAUACGGCGACGGACACGCGUCGUUCACCACCGGGUCUUUGCAGGCCUUGCUGGUCACGAAGCGGUUUAUUAGUUUUUGCGCCUCCGAGCGCUCGAUAGAGCUGAGGUUCGCAGUGAAACUCCAUGGCAGGGCGGUGCGCUUUAACCUCUCCCGCGUUGUGCCACACAUUACGGGGUGCAACACGGGACUGCAAAGCCUUCGCCUCCUGGAAGCGCUGCAGGAGCUGCAGGGGAGCCAGCAGAUGGAUGUGGUGUGCUUCCCCAAGGAGCACCAGCAACUACUCGAGAGGGCGGACGCGGUGAAGAAGGCGCACCCGCAGGCCCUCCUCACGAUGGGUUACUUGCAGAGUUCGCUGCUCUCUCUCUACGGCAGCGUGGCAGAAUUCGUGCCGACGGUGCCCAAGAUGAGCCCUGCCACGAAGGAGGCCUUGCUGGCGGCCGCCAACCACACUGCUGUCUCGGAGCUGACUUCAGCGCUAGAGCGGCUCUUUCUCUGUGACGAGGAAGGAGACGCGGCGGAUGGCCGAAGCGGCGUGGGGGCGAGAGGAGGGUAA